AUGGUUUACUUUUUCCAUCACUAUGAACUACCAGCUAUUUUAAGACGAGGUGCCCAUAUUGUGGCUGAAGGUCAGAUUAUUGAAGGACAACUAGAACUAGAGAUUCUCAACCCACCAGUUCAGAAUGCCACUGAUAAUCUCAACGAGGCAGUCGAAAAUGCUGACGCUGAAAAUGAAAUCAAUAUCAGUACUAAUGACGCUGAUGGAAACAACGCUGCUCAAACCUCAAGUGAUCUCGACACUCAAGAACCGAGAUCUAACAGUAACCCUACAUCCACCAAUGGAGAAACAUUACGUCAACGUGUACAUCUCCCAAGCGAUGGUGAAAUGAUAAAUAAUAGUGGUCUGAGUACUGCGCAGACUCCUAAUGUUGAUUCUCCUCUGAAUAAUUUAGAUAACUACAGAACUUCUUGA